UUUUUCAACGUAAAACACCGAUAUGGUUGCUGCACGUUUGCCAUAUCGGUCGUCCGUUUUGCCUUUUUCCUGUCGGACGGCACCAAGACUACCAACAACAACAAGACGUCUGACGGUUUCGCCACAAACACCCGGGAUUUUUAUUGUAAAAUAAUAGCUAACUGGUUACUCGCGUCCAGUUACUUACUGAUGCCGGCGAUAACCGAAUUGGUCGUGAAGCGAUUGGGCAAUGUUUGUGGAUUGCCAUCGUUUUUGUUCAAAUUUACCGAACUAAUCAUCCUAUCAUGUUCGUUAAAUGUGAUAAUCGCUCUCUGGCAAACAGUUCCCGAAGUCUAUUUGUGGCAUAUGAACACACCGAGGGCAGAAAAUAUACACACGUUAGUGCACGUCUGCAUGUGGACCAUUUCAAUAAUGAUAACGUUCGCCAUUGACGUUAUGGAAAUAACGGGACUGAAACCGAUCUGUAUUUAUUUAUUAUUAGGUAGAUUCCAGUGUCCUCCAAAAUCACAACAAUUCGAUAGAUUUUUAAAAAAUAUUGGAUUUCCGGGUUCAUCUUGUUUAAUAAUUGUAUUAUGGGCUCAAAAAAUCAUGAGUUUUGAUAGAUUGGUGUUAGCUGUAACGUGGACUCUGGGUAUAAUAUCGUACAACAAGACUGAAGAAAAAGACAUUGUUUAUGUUUUAAAGCAAAUAGAGAAGAAGAAAAAAUGGAUGUAUUAUUCAGAAUGUAUAGCAGUAUAUCCUUUGAAAUGAGAUUUUUUUGAGCAGAUUAACAGAUAGUUCAUCGAACAAAAAUAAUUUAUUUUUAUAAAAUUAAUUGUGUAUUAUAUUUAAUUAUUAA